AUGACAUUACAAGUACGCCAUCACUGUGAACCGGUAGGAAAGGAUAAAAUAGUUGCUUAUUUUUUCGGAGUCAUUGGCGUAUCCUGUAUUGUGUUCACUUUGUUUGGAAGUUGGCUUAAGGAUUUCAAUCCCGAUAUACUGUAUGUUGACAAAGAAACACUGGAUGUCAAGCGGAGUGGCAGGUAUGCGGUCCUUGUUACAAAAAGACCUCGUGAAAUUAAUGUCAAUGACGAAGUUGAGAAUAUAUAUAUAAAUGGCACAGAUUAUGAUACCCGGAACAACUCUAAGAAAGCCGUAGAAGGUAGAAGUCUUGUACCAAACUACACAAUAGAAACUGAUGCACUGUCUGAUCAGCACGACAGGAAGAUCAAAUCAACAGACGCAAUACUUCAGCAUAAAUUAAAUCCACAAAAAUAUGUAUACGAAUCCAAAGAUACGUCCUACCAAUUUGUAAUACCAAGAACAAAAGUUCAGGAUAUGUUCAUGAAUAAUAAACGUCGCAAUACGGACGGUCCCUGUAAUGAAUUGUUUGAAAAUAACGUAAAAGCAUUGAUAGAUACAACACUACAUAUGAAUCCUACCAACAGAAUGAAAUUAGAUAACAAUGCCUAUCGUAAGAUGACACAAAACUGUUCCGAAUAUAAAAAUAUUAGGCAGUAUAUAAAUUCACCUUUAACUCAGAUAGAGACAUACUUUCCACUAGCUUAUAGUAUAGUUGCUUACAAACGCGUAGAACAAAUUGAAAGACUUCUACGUGCAAUAUAUAGACCACAAAAUCAUUAUUGUAUUCAUAUGGAUUCAAAAUCAGCUACGGAUGACAUUGAAACGAUACAAUUAAUUGUUUCAUGCUUUUCUAACGUGCACAUGUCGUCACGCUCUGUUGCCGUCAAAUGGGGAACAUUUUCUGUCUUGGAGGCGGAGUUAGUGUGUAUGAGUGACAUGUGGAAUAAAACGUGGCGUUAUUUCAUCAAUCUUACUGGACAAGAGUUUCCUUUAAAAACGAACCUAGAAAUUGUGAAAAUUCUAACGGCAAUGAAAGAGGCUAACCUGGUGGAUGGAACAUGGGUUAGAGCUAGAGAAAAUUAUCUUUACCGCUGGACCAAGAACAUACAGCCGCCUCCUCAUAACAUCAGACCUAUAAAAGGAUCCGUUCAUAUUGCUGUAAAUCGAGACUUCGUUGAUUUCGCACUGCAUGAUCCUCGAAGCAAAGAUUUCCUGCAAUGGCUGAACCUAACAGAUAUUCCAGAUGAGACAUUUUUCUCAUCAUUGAACCAUAAUCCCCAUUUGCAGAUACCAGGAUCUUUCCUCGGCGAACCAGAAGAAUAUCCUAAGAAACCAACGUUUACACGGUAUAAAAAUUGGGAGAUAGGACAUGGUACCUGGGUACGACGAUGUGCAGGAAAAUACGUGCGUAACGUAUGCAUUCUGGGCGUGGGAGAUCUGUUCAAACUGAAAGAUGAUAUAUCACUGUUUGCAAACAAAUUUUACCUAGAUUUUCAAUAUCUAGCUUACGAAUGUUUUGAAGAGCUUAUUUACAACAGAACAAGAGACCAGUAUCUGAAAGAGUUACCAAUAGACGUAUCAUUCUAUGAAGCACUGGAUCAAGUGCGCUAUCAGUUAGUGAAAAACAAUUGA